AUGAUGCACUUCUUCAAAUUUGCCACCCUGGUAGCCCUCCUCCUCAGAACGACAAGCGCUCAAACCAGCUCAGUCACCAAUCGGAUCGAGAUCGUCAAGGAUCUUCAGUUCCAGCUCAUCGGUGAUGCCGCACAAGGGGCGAAAGCUCAGAAAGUGGCUAGCGAUGGACGAAUCACCGGUCCAGCCACUAUCGUACUCGACGGCCUCGCCGGCGGAUCUGCGUACAAGUGCAACUUCAUCGCUCCCUUUACCGGCUUCCAGACCACCGACUGGUACACGAAUAUCAGAUCCCACAGAAGUUCGGAUGCGGGUGGGCCGCUAGUCAUGGACUGCGGUCAGGAUCAGCUUGAUCCGGAAAGCGGACCUUACCUCACUCUGUACCCAGACGGAGUGAAGUUACGGUUGGACAAACGGCCAGGUCUUGAACUCUUCGAUGGUGCCACUAUCGGCUCCUUCGACAAAACGACCGAGCAUAUAUCAGGGGCGACGUUCAAGGGUGUCGCAUACAUGAAGUGGCCAUGGGAUAAUAUCGGGUUUACGGUUAUUACCCAGAGGUUCAGUUACAGUUGCGUGGUCGGCACUCGUGAUGGACAUGACCAAACCAAGGAUGUUGUAUUCUGCAUUCGAGAGGACCCGGUACCUGCUGAUCAGGACAAAGACUCGAUUGGAGCGACGUGGCCGAUCCAGGAUAAUGUAGGCGUCCGAUGUAAGAGGGCCUAG